CCGUUAGAAUUCAUCCACGUGUAUGUAACCUUGGCCAUCGCACGAACAAACCUCACGAUUUUCCCGCUCUAUCAAUCUGGUUGAGCCCUGAAAACCCCAGAUCUAAAAUCGCAAUCCUAAAAGCUCCGAGUCUCUGAAAAAUGGCGAACGAGAUCCGAUCCUUCGAACUCAACACCGGUGCAACGAUCCCAUCCGUCGGUCUCGGGACAUGGCAGGCUGCUCCUGGCGUCGUCGGCGACGCCGUCGCCGCCGCUGUGAAGAUUGGGUAUCAGCAUAUUGAUUGUGCUUCAAGAUAUGGCAAUGAAGCUGAGAUUGGGAAAGUUCUGAAGAAGUUGAUUGAAGAUGGCGUAGUGAAGCGUGAGAAGCUGUUCAUCACAUCAAAGAUCUGGUUGACUGAACUCGACCCACCGGAUGUUCCUGAGGCAUUGAACAGAACUCUACAGGAUUUGCAGCUUGACUAUGUCGAUCUCUAUCUCAUGCAUUGGCCUGUUCGGUUGAAGAAAGGCUCUGUUGAGUUCAAGCCCGAGAACAUUAUGCCUAUCGAUAUUCCUAGCACGUGGAAAGCAAUGGAAGCACUGUAUGAUUCAGGCAAGGCGCGAGCCAUUGGGGUAAGCAAUUUCUCUACAAAGAAACUCUCGGAUCUCGUGGAGGUUGCUCGCGUUCCUCCAGCUGUGAACCAGGUGGAAUGUCACCCUUCGUGGCAACAACAUAAGCUACAUGAGUUCUGCAAGUCCAAAGGGAUUCAUCUCUCUGGAUAUUCACCAUUGGGUUCUCCAGGAACAACAUGGGUGAAAGCAGAUGUUCUAAAGAGCCCGAUCCUGGAAACGGUGGCUAAAGAACUCGGUAAGUCUCCCGCGCAAACCGCACUUCGAUGGGGUCUUCAAAUGGGUCAUAGCGUGCUUCCCAAAAGCACAAAGGAAGCGAGGAUCAGGGAGAAUUUCGAUGUAUUGGGAUGGUCAAUCCCAGAAGAAAUGUUUGACAAGUUCUCAAAGAUUGAACAGGCUAGGUUAGUGCAAGGUACAUCGUUUGUUCAUGAGACGAUGAGUCCUUACAAGACACUUGAAGAGCUUUGGGAUGGCGAAAUUUGAUGUCUUUUGUUAAAUUUCAAUGCUUAACCAUUUCCCUCUGAAUAUGGAGAAAACUAUUUUUCCACCACUUUUCUCAUUUGAUAAUAAUAAUACAACACAGUUCAAUAGCAGGUUUUAUUAAUGUAUUUCCUCUGUUUUAAAAGAACAUCAUUUUGAAAUUAUUUUGUUUGUAUAAAAGUAUAUUUUACCAUUGUU